AUGCGCUGGCAGCGCCUGGCGUGGGAAUCUCAGCCUCGGCUCAUCGAGCGGACUCUGCCAGCGCGCUGUGCAGCUGUAUCCUCCACUUCCACCCCUAUCCUCGUCCUCGCCACCCUCCGCGCGAAGGGUGAGAGCAUUCUUGAAGGUCCGCUCGCCGUAUCGAAAGGGGUGGGUGUCGACGCAAUCGCGAGGGAGCUCCCGCGGCGAUGCUCUGUCCUGGUCAAGAGCGUUCAGCUGGACGUGUUCAUCGACGACAGGGGCCACGGGGCAGCACUGGUUCCGCGCUGCCCUGCUUCUCCCAUCUUUCCGUCUCCUCCUAGUCCUCCCCUGACGCCGGCCCAAGCAUCCAGAACGUCCACUGCGCACCCGUUCCAUCUUGCCCGUGUCGCCCUCGCGUCGCCCGUGUCGUCGGCGCUCCGCAUGUACGACAUGUGGAACCAGGGCCUCUGGCCCAACAUCCACGUGCAUGCUCGCGCAGACGCAAGCAGACACUCGCGCGAGUCCAUCGGCAGCUGCCGGAGCGCACCGCCCCGCAGCAGCAGGCCGCUGCUCGCACUUUGCCUGGGCGACGUCCCUGCACAAGCAGGUCGGUCUCGGCCCGGACUUCAAGGCCUCAAGCUCCUGCUCACCACCGCGGACCGCAACAUGUCCAUCUCACACAACUACGGCACCCUCAUCGAGGACGAGGGCAUCGCCCUCCGCGGGCUCUUCAUCAUCGACCCCAAGAGCAUCCUCAGGUGCGUCCACAGUGCGGGGUCCUCCACGAAGAACGUCUCUGCAAGCACCAAGAAAACCUCCGGUUCCUCGAAGUUUGUGUGGCCGCCGGUGCCUGCAGACAGGGCCAAGCUCAGUCCUAGGGACCAAUGUGCGGUCCUGUGGUACAAGACGCAUCACGGGAUUCACGAAGAAUUUGACGCAUUUUACAAGUUAGUGAAGCACCCACAACGGACGAGAUGGCGAGACUCCGCACUCUGCAAUCAAAUCGUUCUGCAGCCGGAGCGGCGGUCGGAGUAG